UAAACCGCAAACUUGACUCAUAGUGAAUAAUAGUUGCUAAAAGAAAACAAGUAAUGUAAAUUGACACCCAGUUAUUGUCAUUAUCUUUUGUUAAAAUGUCAAAUUGUCUGCGUCAAAAAGUAAUAUUGUGAUUGCUAUGUGGCAAUAUUUUUAUGAUUAUAACCUUUUUUUAACCCAGUGAGAAAGUGUUGAAUGGAAGAAAGAAUGCAGUUUUUAUCUGUGUUGCUGCUUUUUUAGUAUUGACAUAAAACUUGUUUGGAAUUAAUACAUGCAAUGAAGCUGCUUUAAAAAAAUCGUGAUGGACGCAAAUACAAAGUGGCCAUUACUUGCGUGACACAUGAAUUUGAUUGAUGUUCUUGUUUUCGAGGUAACAGAAUGUAUGUUAGCUGCUAAUACCAAAUCAAUUUCUUAUUUCUACAGAAAAAGCUUUAAUAAAUUGAGGGAAAAAAAGACAAGAAUGAAUUAUGACAUAAUAAAUAUACUUACAAUGCUUGCCAUUAUUGUUUUGAAGUUCGAAUCUAUCAAAGGUUCAUCAGCUAACUGUACAAAUUGUAAGACCGCCUUUGUAAACUCAUUUCAAAGGGAAGCUAAAUUUGACGAGAAUCACAAAAACGAAAUAGCUUUUAAGGGAAGGACGGUCGACUGGAUACCGUGGGUCCCUUCGACAAAAAAAUCAUUUUCUAAAAAAAAUACUCAUACGAUUCCUACUUUAGCAACUGAAUCAUCGAGGCAGCGAGCGAAAGUAAAAGUUAGGACUGAAUCCUUUGUUUCUUGGACAAAGAGCUCUGGUAUGACGAGUGUCAAUACUAAUCAUGCCUGGUCAUCAAAGCGGAACGAAAUCCACUAUGAAAUUAUGAAGAAGUAUUCACUUAACGGUGUGCUGUUCCAUAUUACUGGGGUCUCUAUACUCGGUACCGGCUUACUUGUUGCUGUAGUUAUACUAAUAGUCAGACUUAAAAGAAAAAGUAUUAAUCGAGUCACCUUUUCUGAAGUUGAAUUCGGUGAUCCGUAAAAAUUAUUUAUUAAUAUAUAUUUUAGAUAUAUGUGUAUCCGAUUUUUAAAUCAAAAGUUUAGAAUUCUGUUUGAUUCAGAAUUAAUUUGUACACUCAGCGGAAACAGAAAGUUUAAACUGUUUAAAGUUUUUUCGCUGCUGAACGAACAGCUUAACAGCCAAUCACACUGUAACAAAUCCUGUCUUUGUUUUGGUGGUUGCACAUGCGUUAGUGAAAAUUCGCUUUAAUGAAAAAAAAACCCAAAAAAUAAAAGUUUUAUAAAACUAUCAAAUUAAAGCAGAACUCAGUAGUGGCCUGAAAGAGGAAAUAUUUUGGUGAGAAUGAGGUAAAACUAUUAGAGCUUACUUCCCGAUACAAACAAGUAGAUUUCUAUGGAAAUCUUUAUUGGUUUGCCAGACAUAGGUCUCAAAAGUUAAGCUAAUUAUGCAGAUUUAUGACAUCAUAGGUUAAAUGCUGAGGAAAUUUUGCUGGUAUAAUAAAUAAUAAUCAGGGUAACUAAGUAUUUAUAUUCAUGUAAAUAUUUUCAAAGUAUCAAACUGGAAACGUGAAAACAUAUAAUCACCAGGCUCAAUAAACCCUUCAAAAAGCAUCUCAUUUAUAUCAAAUACAUGGUGUUAUCAAUUAAUUAGCAUAAUUUUAAAACUUAAACAUCUUAAAGAUUCAUCGAAAUCUUUUCACACAAAAAAAAAAAUCAUAGACAACUCGCCCAUUCAUAUGAACCAACUUGUGCUUUCGCGGGGGGUAAGCUUUAAAGAACAGUGCAGUGCGGUAGAAAUGUGAUGAGAAUAAUUCAAAGAUGUCUGAUGAUAUUUUUGUGAACAUUGUUUUCAUAUAUAGACUUCCAAUCUAACGACUUAAGACUUUUCAAGUAAUUUGUCAAUAAACUGUCGUUUUUAUGAAAAGCUGCUGACGUCAACACCUUUGUUGGUGUAUCACGCCAGGAAGUUUUAGUGAUACACCGAAAUUUUUCACCCCUCCACCGCAAUAUCGAAAACUAGCAAUGAAGAAUAGAUAAAUUUAGUUAUUUUUUAUAUUAUAUUUAUAUUAUUUUUAUAUAAAAAUAUUUUAUUGACGUGUGAAAUUGUAAACGAUUUUUCCGACAGGGGUCAGUGACCCAACUUAAAAAUGAAAACAUUAUUUUUAAUAUUGACGUUAUUAAUCUCUA